ACAGCUGAGCUGGAAUUUUGUUUAGAUUUAGCAAGUUGUUGAUAUAAGGACACAGAAACCCCUUUUUUCUCAUUAGAAAGUAAAUAAAGCUCCGGAAAAAUGGAUCCAGCACUGCUUCGGGAACGCGAGGCCUUCAAAAAGCGGGCCAUGGCCACGCCCACCGUUGAGAAGAAGACAAAGACUGAACGCCCGCCACCGCCGCCACCCAGCGAUGACUCUAAGCGAAAGAUGCGUCCGCCCACGGCUCCCAAGCUGGAUGCCACAACGUAUAAGACCAUGUCGGGCAGCUCGCAGUACCGCUUCGGAGUGCUGGCCAAGAUCGUGAAAUUCAUGCGCACCCGUCACCAGGAUGGGGACGAUCAUCCACUGACCAUUGAGGAGAUUCUGGACGAGACCAACCAACUGGAUAUAGGGCAAUCUGUGAAGAAUUGGCUUUCUGGCGAAGCUCUGAACAACAAUCCCAAGAUAGAGGCCAGUCCCUGUGGCACCAAAUUCAGUUUCAAGCCCGUCUACAAGAUCAAAGAUGGCAAAGCCCUGAUGCGGUUACUUAAACAGCACGAUCUGAAGGGUCUGGGUGGAAUCCUGCUGGAGGAUGUCCAAGAAUCUCUGCCGCACUGCGAAAAGGUUCUGAAAAACCGAGCCGCUGAAAUAUUGUUUAUUAUUCGGCCGAUUGACAAAAAGAAGAUAUUGUUUUACAACGACAGAACGGCAAACUUUUCGGUUGACGAUGAAUUCCAGAAGCUAUGGCGCUCGGCCACCGUCGAUGCCAUGGACGAUGCCAAAAUCGAUGAGUACCUGGAGAAGCAGGGUAUUCGUUCUAUGCAAGAUCAUGGCCUCAAGAAACCAGUUCCCAAGCGCAAGAAGGCGGCCAACAAGAAGCGACAGUUUAAGAAGCCCCGAGACAACGAGCAUUUGGCCGAUGUUCUGGAGACCUACGAAGACAACACGCUAACGCUGAAGGGAGUGAAUCCCACGUAGAAGUAGAGUACGCUAAGAUUAGACAAUAAAAAUAACUCUCAAUGGGGGGAAUAUAAGUA